AUUUCGCGCUAACUCACUUCUAGGGUUUGUAAAAUUCAUCUUCCUUAUUUCUACGUUUUAGCCAAUUGAUGCUUCGCUUUCAUAUUCUUACUUACAUUUCUCUUUCUAUGGUAUGUCUGAUAGCGAUUUUGUAUCAGUGAUGUUGAAUCUAAGUGUAUGACAUUGCUAGUUUUUGAUUGAUUGUUGAAAUCUCUAGGCUUGUCUUUAGUAAUUGAUCGAUUUGAGGGUUUUAAGGAGAAAAUGGUUUAGGGUUUAUUGAUUCUGUAUUUUUGUGUAACGCAGCUCUUAUGGAUGACCAUGGUGGUUCUGAUUUGAGCCUCGAGGAUCUCAUGGAUGAGUAUUCUUCUCGACCCGCACAAAUAGCUGAAUGGUUAUGGUGUAUUGAAUAUGUAGCCAAAUUUGUCAAGGAUCUAAGCUGCUUACUCGAUUUGAUGAACAUUGGUUAUCAGUACUCUGAUGACUAUGGGAAGAGGAUUAAUGAAGUCCUGUCUCUUAGAGUCUUGGAGUUCAUGUUUGAUCCAAGCAUGAGCGAUGCUAACGGUGUUGGUGUUGCUUCUGCUUUAGAGGAAAAAGUGGAGUUUGAUUUAUCUUUGAGUAACGCUGAUGUUCUCAGAGGAAUUCUGAAAGAGAUUCCAGUAGCAGAACUACGAGUGGGCAUGCCAGAGCUAUCAAAGUUCAAUGUUCUACCAUUUAUUGCUCACAAGAACUUGUGUUUGCCACAAUGUGCACUAGAGAAGCUGAGAGAUGUGAGUUUAAUGGAGAAUCAGACUAGUGCAACUCCUUUCAUGGAAACAAAUGACCCUGUUUUUAGAGAUGAUAGAUCAGUGCACAUGGAUUUAUGCGAGGAGGAGCCGGUAGAUGAACAGCAAUUACAUAUUGGUAACGCGAAGGAACCCACUGAUGAGCAACAUGUGCAUAUUGGUAACGAGAAGGAAUCCAUUGAUGAGCAACAAGUGCAUAUUGGUUUGGAACUAAACAGAAACGAGAAGGAUAAAGUAAUUGCCAUCGACGAUGAAGAUGAGCCAAUGCACACCAAUGAAAAAGGUGAAGUAGUUGUGAUUAAUGACGAUACUGAGAGUGAUCAAGGCACAACCAGUGAUGGGACCUUUUCUCCAAGGCACAACGGUAAUACUACCGAUGAGACCACCUUUUCUCCAAGCUCUAGAAGAUCUCCAGAGGAUGCACAUGUAAAAUGUACAAAAGAUGGAACCUGGUUAAUCAGUGGGAGCGAUGAUGAGUCAGAUAAAGAUCCACCCUCGAUCAAGAAAAAUCCAAACACUUACUUGAACCUUCUUCCUUCGAGCUCCCGAACAAGACCGGAGAAUGUAUGCUGGAAGUGUGAGAAAGAAGGAACGUUAUUGAUUUGUAGCAGAAGCGAGUGUGCAGCAAAAGUUCACAAGGAGUGUUUGAAUUGUCCGGUUAACGUUGAUGAAUACGGGAACUUUCUCUGCCCUCUGUGCUGGUAUGACCGACUCGCAAUGGAGUAUCAUGAAUCUCAGAAGUUGAUUAGCUGCGCAAAGAGAAGAUUGGUGAAGUGUUUCCCGGUGCUUUCCAUAAGAAGCAAGAGACUCAAGUGAUGAAAUCCCUGCUGCAACUUCACUGUAUUUAAUCUCUUCUAUUAGAUAUGGAAUUGUAGAAUCAAGUAAGUGCUUUUGUGUAGUUUGAAUCUCGUGUUCUUGGUAUAUUUUGGGUAGUAGACAAGUUAGGGAAGAGAAGUGAAGCAAUAAAGUCAUGUGUUGAUGAAAGUUAAGGAUGUGCUAAAUGACUGUAUGUUCAUAGAUUGUUCUUUUAUUUGUAUAAAUUAACUAACUUAG